GAACCGGCAAGAUGGUUAAUUUGACGCUCUACGGAUUGGAUCCCAGUCCACCAACCCGUGCAGUCAAAAUGACGUUGGCUGCUCUGCAAUUAGCAUACAAAUACGUUAAUGUGAAUGUGCUGAAGGCAGAGCAACUAUCACCUGCUUAUCUACAGAAGAAUCCACAGCACACGGUGCCUAUGCUCGAGGAUGGGCCAGCUCGGUUUUGGGACUCGCAUGCCAUAAUGGCUUACCUCGUGCGUAAAUAUGCUAAGGAUGAUGCCCUGUAUCCUAAGAAUUUCUACAAGCGCGCAUUGGUGGAUCAACGAUUGCAUUUUGAGUCGGGCGUGGUAUUUGCCCACGCGCUGAUAAGCAUAACGCGGAUGGUUCUCUUCCUUGGCCAAACAAAGGUACCUAAAGAGCGCAUACAGGCAAUUGUAGAGGCUUAUGAUUUUGUCGAAGCCUUUCUCAAUCAGGAGGAUCACGAGUACAUUGCUGGCGAUCAGUUGACCAUUGCAGACUUUAGUCUCAUCUCUUCCAUAAGCUCAAUGGUUGCAUAUGUAGAAAUAGAUCCCGUUAAAUAUCCCAAACUUAGAGCUUGGAUGCGUCGCAUGGAACAGCUGCCAGUUUAUGCAGAGAAUGCGGAAGGGGCACGUCUCUUUAUAGCUUCAGUGAAGAAGGCAAAGUUCACAGUGGCCGAAUAAGAGCACAGUAGCAGAAAUAAUAAUUAUAUGUGGCGGCUUUUUUUCAAUGUAAAAUAUACAGAUGGCAAGUAUACCCAAAAUGGCUCUUUCUAUUUGA